GUUGUCUUGUCUCGCUCAAGCUUGUCCUGUCUGGUCACUUUUCUUUCUGCCUGAUAAUCCAGACCUCGAAAAUAACCAAAAGAUUGGAAAUCGUUUGCUCAUCUUGCAUGCAUUAUUACUUUCCUGGAUCAAUCUCAUUCAACUCGUUCUCGUGCAUUUCAUUCAACCUCAACCCCUACUUUCAGUCAAUUCAAUUUAAUUCAAUCAUUCAAAUCUUUCAUUUCGCACACUUCACAUUCAACCAUCCUCUCUCAAUCAAAUAUCACCACCUCUCUUAUCGAACGUCAUUUUGCAUACAAUCAAUUCCUACAGACCGAGCGCAACUCGAUACAACCAUCGAAUAACUUCUCACACUUGCUUGUUGAAUUGAUUACUGAAGAAAGUGGAUUUCAAAGACCGAUUUUCCCCCUAGAUAUUCAAGAACGGCUUAUUCUUGUCUCGAGACAAAACGGAACAAUGGUCGUUGCAACGAUAAAAUGUGUCGUCGUCGGUGACGGUGCCGUCGGAAAGACCUGUUUACUUAUAUCCUAUACUACGAAUAAAUUCCCUUCCGAAUAUGUUCCUACAGUCUUCGACAACUAUGCCGUCACAGUUAUGAUCGGUGAUGAGCCAUAUACACUCGGUCUAUUUGAUACUGCCGGACAAGAAGAUUAUGACAGACUUCGACCUCUUUCAUAUCCACAAACCGACGUCUUCCUCGUUUGCUUUUCGGUAACCUCGCCCGCAUCAUUCGAGAACGUACGAGAGAAAUGGUUUCCAGAAGUUCAUCAUCACUGCCCCGGCGUACCUUGUUUAAUCGUCGGCACACAAACCGAUUUGAGAGAUGAUCCCAGUGUCAAGGAAAAGCUUACAAAACAAAAGAUGAAGCCGGUCGAAAAGAGUGAUGGCGAGAGAAUGGCUAAGGAUUUGGGGGCUGUUAAGUACGUUGAGUGCAGUGCUCUGACUCAAUACAAGUUGAAGGACGUUUUCGAUGAAGCGAUUGUUGCGGCACUAGAACCUCCUGCGCCAAAGAAGAAACAACAUAAAUGUUUAAUUCUUUAAUUCAAUUGUUUUACAUAGACCAAACAAUUAAUCUUCUACCUCACCUUUUUUCGUACCGCUCUUUACCGCCGCCUUCUACCAUCGUUCUUUCACAUCUCAUUGUCCAUAUCCUCUUCGAGCAAUUACAUAAGUUCGGAAUAUCCUAGUGUUGUAUCACCGUGGAGGAAAUCGAAAGUUACGUUACAUAUUCACACAUCGCCGGACUAGUCAAGAACCGGCCUCUUCUUGCAUCUUCAAUUCAGAAAUGGGGGUAUGAUGCGUCAUUUUGAAACAGCUAGGAAAUUUCAAGGGGAAGACUAGCGAAUAGACUCAAGGGAUGAUGCACUGCUUCCACAUCGAGGGAGAUUAUAUGUUCUGGACAGAAUUUGGAGUAUCAAUUUUCUCAAUCGAUUUCCUGGGAGCGGACCUUUGAGGUUUGUGGGAACGGGUGGAGGUAGAGAAAUGGGUUGACGUGCGAAAGCUUUUUUCUUUUCUUUUUACAGUCCUCUCUUGUUACUUUGAUCCGAAGAAUCGAUUCCCAGAAAGUCUGCUUUGAUUACCUCUUUUUUCUAUAUGGCGUGCGGGCUGGGGUGUUUUGUAGGUAAAGCGUAGGGGGCAGGAGUGCAAUAUACAGAAUUUUUUGAUACCUUGAUGCA